CGCGGCGCUGCGCCCGGGGAAGCAAAUGUCUCCGCCACAACCCUGAGCGGUUCGCUGAGGCAGUCUGUGGCGGGGCUGCACGCCCUCAGUGCUUGGUCUCCGAGGAGGAACGUGCCUGGAUGUGGAAGCGGCCGGCUCCCUCACUCCCCCGCCUUCGCGCCUCACGGAGCGGCUGCUGCGCCGGAGCCUCCCUCUGCGCACCGCCCCUUAGUUGCCCGCAGCCCUGCCUGCGCCCGCCUCCAGAGCGGCGCCCACUGCUGUCCGCAGCAGUGCUCUAGGCCGAGGCCCGGCCGCCUAGCAAGGCCGAGCCGCUGCGUUUUAUUUCGUUCGUGAUUUUUGCAUCGGCCGAAGUUUUGUGGGUUGGGUUAAACUGGGGACCUCCGGGAAGAGGACCCAUUUUUUUUUUCUUUCCAAAAUGGCAGCCUCCAGCCGCGCACAAGUGUUAGAUCUGUACCGGGCGAUGCUGAGAGAGAGCAAGCAUUUCAGCGCCUACAACUACAGAACGUAUGCUGUCAGAAGGAUAAGAGAUGCCUUCCGAGAAAAUAAAAAUGUAAGGGAUCCUGUAGAAAUUCAAACCCUGGUGAAUAAAGCCAAAAGAGACCUUGGAAUAAUUCGUCGACAGGUCCACAUUGGCCAACUAUAUUCAACUAACAAGCUUAUCAUUGAGAAUCAAGAGAAGCCCAAGACCUAGGAGCCGGGGACCUGCCAUCAGCAGCAGCCGGGGACCACCUUCAGCAUCGAUUCUGUGCUUGGGAGCCUCCAGCUCCGCCUGCCCUCUGGGAGCUGAUAGACUGAGUCACAUUUCCCUUUCGUUGCAGCCUUGCUGAGCGAGCACGGCCGUCCCCCUCAGUUCAGUGUUAGCGUGAAGAGCGGGCACGCUCAGGACAAUGCCGUGUAUUGUCGCGCCUCUCUCCACCCACCCCCGUUCUGUAGCUCACACCGCUGUAUAGUGUGUUCUCGGACUUUGUGUCUUGCUCCUUGACAAUAAAUAGGCUUGUCUUCUGAAGGCCCGUCGCAACAA